GAAUGUCCUCCAGCGGAGAGUCAUGGUAGCGCAAGGUUUGCAGAAACCUCCUUUUCAGUUUACUGUGGUAUGGCAUUGGGCAUAAUGGAGACCAAACCAGUGAUAACCUUUCUCAAAACCCUCCUCAUCGUUUACUCCUUCGUAUUUUGGAUCACAGGAGCGAUCCUCUUGGCAGUGGGAGUAUGGGGGAAGUUUAUGCUGGGCCCUUAUAUCUCUCUGAUAGCUGAGAACACCACCAAUGCUCCAUACGUCCUCAUCGGCACUGGGACUGUUAUCAUCGUCUUCGGCCUGUUCGGAUGCUUCGCCACCUGCAGGGGGAGCCCAUGGAUGCUCAAACUGUAUGCAAUGUUCUUGUCCCUGGUGUUCCUAGCUGAGUUGGUGGCUGGGAUCUCUGGUUUUGUUUUUCGUCACGAGAUAAAGGGAACCUUCCUGAGGACGUAUACUGACGCGGUGUUGAACUAUGAUGCUGAGGAUGAGAAGAGCCUGGUUGUGGACAACGUCCAAAGCAGCCUGCGUUGCUGUGGGGUGUACAACUACACCAGCUGGUUGGGCAGUGUGUACUACCCUGCUAACGGCUUUCCCCUGAGCUGCUGCUCCAACUCCUCUGACUGCAACCCACAGGACCUCCGCAACACCACCAUAAACCACACCAAAAUCAACCAGCAGGGCUGUUAUGAACUGGUCACCUCCUUCCUCGAGAUCAACAUGGCCAUCAUUGCAGGAGUGACUUUUGGCAUCGCCUUCUCACAGUUGAUUGGCAUGUUGCUGGCAUGUUGUCUGUCCAGGAUCAUUACAGCUAAUCAGUAUGAGAUGGUGUAGCUGGGAGAGCAGGGAGAUGAAGAGGAGAGGGUGAACAGCAUCUUGGUAGACUGGGACAGAAGAUCCCCACAACACUAGCACAUUGCAUCACUAAACCCCCCCCCCCCCCCCCCCCUCUCUCACUUUCUCUCACUUUCUCUCACUUUCUCUCCCCUCUCCCCCUCUCUCUCUCACUUCCCCCCCCCCCUCUCUCUCUCUCAUUAUUGUAACUUAUUGUAAAGAAACACCAUUCCUUAAUGCUACUGUGCCAUGAGCUUCUCUCAGUACCUUAAACUCCUCCACUGAAUGACUCUGCUGGUAAAAGUUGCAAGUAAGCACUGAUCUAGGAUCAGCUUACCCUCCCCAACACAAGAUUGACCUUGGACCAGCAUCUAGGGGCAACGUCCUCCUACUCCAUAUGAGCUUAGCAGUCUCUGACACUGUGGAGAAGUUUCCCUGAGGCACAGGUCUAGGAUCAGCUCACCCCACCCUUGAUGCUAACUUUAACCAUUAAGAUAAUGAAUGAAUAUCUGACCCUGCAUUAGUGCUCAUCAUCCUCAUCAUCCUUCUCCUUAGUAGUCUUUGACCCCUGUGUCUCCUUGUCCUCUCACACUUCCCCCUUGUGGUCUGGCAUGCUCCAUAUAGGCCCUAGCAUCUCCAAAGCGAUGCACAUAUUUGAAUAGACAUUACAUUAUUAACCCACAUAAAUAUAUACAGUAGCCGACAUACUGUAUUUUCAUGAUGUUCCUAAUCACUGUAAAUACCUAAACUUCAGACAUUUAGAGAAGAUAUGUUGAUGAAACAUUGAGAGAGCAUUUAGAGCUAACUUUAGCCUUUCAUUUGCAUCUUUGUUUUUUUGCUGCUACAUGGAUGAUAUCUGACUAUUGUGUCCAUAUCUAUGGCAUUAGAUAACAAUGAACUGUGCAAUUGAUUUGGUCUGUGGAUGUGUAAACGUGGCUUACUCUGGCUGGUGGGAGGAGCUAUAGGAGGACUGGCUCAUUGUAAUGGCUGGAGUGCAGUUAAACGUGGCUUACUCUGGCUGGUGGGAGGAGCUAUAGGAGGACUGGCUCAUUGUAAUGGCUGGAGUGCAGUUAAACGUGGCUUACUCUGGCUGGUGGGAGGAGCUAUAGGAGGACUGGCUCAUUGUAAUGGCUGGAGUGGAGUUAAACGUGGCUUACUCUGGCUGGUGGGAGGAGCUAUAGGAGGACUGGCUCAUUGUAAUGGCUGGAGUGGAG